AUGUAUUUAGUGGAACCGGUUCGAAAGGAGUACUGCAAUUAUCAUUUUCUUUCCAGAUUGCUGGAAAAUUCUGAGGCCAUUGUUUUAAACGUUUCACCGCCAUUCUCCACAGCGUACAAUGGAGUUCAGUUCACAUGGGCGCUCCGUCUAUCCGAUGAAUGUGUGGUGUCGACUUGUGAAUAUGCGGCCGUCCCAUCGGUUAGGCGUGUUUUCGUACUGCUUUAUUAUAAAGACGGACCUUGCACGGAUGUGACCGUUGAAGAAGCUAAAGCAUCUGUCAUAUGCCCCCAAACCGGUGCCGAACUAUUUACUGGUUUUUCAUCGGAAAAUGCGCGUGAAUUUACGAAAGGAAGUGGAUGGCCAUUACUCCUUGACAAGUCACUGGAAAAGACGUUCACUGAUUAUGUUCACAACAACAUUGACGCCCAAUUAAAUGUUGUCGUUGACAUUAAAUUUAAAAGUUCGUUGUAUGAUCCACUGAGUUACUUGCCGAAUGUGGAGAAAGCAUGUCGAAGUCAAAGGAUUGAGAAGACAUGUGAAGACUUCAUAAAAGCUUAUUUCGACAACUCCGUCGAUAUUCCGAAUCUGGACCUCCUACGAGCGCAGGGUGACAAGUUCUCCAUGCAUCGUUUGGUAUUUCUAUUCGGAUGUGAUCGAGUAGAAAAGGAGUGUUUCAGCGAUCAAGAGGAACUAACGGAGCUGAGCUUGAAUCUUCUUAGAAGUACUUUCGCUCAUGUGUACUUCGAGAAAGUAUUGAUGAGAGAAGUGCAGUGCUUUGAAGAUUUCAUAUCGCUUCUGGAAGGCAUUGGACAAGCACACAUACCACCAUUACGGAAGGAAAUCGAGCGAUUCAUUUGUCGAGAAGUAAUAUCGGUUAGUAACAUUUUCCACUUCUCUCUUCAUUUGAUUUCCUUUUUGUUGUCACAAAGUCUUUCCUACUGUUUCAUGCGCUUCUAA